CACUCCACGGGGACUGUACAUACAGAUUGGGAGCUGGAGUGGGGUGAGAGGCGAAUUAUAGACACAAGGGGCUCCUCUGCAGGAAGGAGGCCAAGAGAAAGAGGCUUGAAAGGCUUGAUAUUUCACCCACCACAACUCACUGCUGGAGUAAGCGGGGCUCCCCUUCCCAGGGCUGAGGGGAGGCGGGGGUGUGUGCUCUCCCAGGGCUGAGAAGUGGCAGGUGAGCUGGUGAUUCCUUACUGCCUGGGUUCUGUCUAGGAAGGUGCGUCCUCACCAUGCUGGAUGGUGUCCUAGUCCAGGAGCACCCCCUGAACUCCUGGCCUAGACUCCAAAGGGUUGGGUAGAUGAGCAAAGACCUUACAAAGACCUUAGGCGAUAUGUGUCCAGGAGCGCCCAGGAAUUACUGGGCUACCACUGCAGACUGCAGGACAAUCUCCAAGAACAGGAAGGAAGUCUUGCAGCUGAAGGGAGGCACUCCUUGGCCUCCGCAGCCAAUCACAUGAAGGUGGUGCCAAGCCUCCUGCUCUCCGUCCUCCUGGCACAGGUGUGGCUAGUACCCGGCUUGGCCCCCAGUCCUCAGUCGCCAGAGACUCCGGCCCCUCAGAACCAGACCAGCAGGGUAGUGCAGGCUCCCAGGGAGGAAGAGGAAGAUGAGCAGGAGGCCAGCGAGAAGGCCGGUGACGAAGAGAAAGCCUGGCUGACAGCCAGCAGGCAGCAGCUUGCCAAGGAGACUUCAAACUUCGGAUUCAGCCUGCUGCGAAAGAUCUCCAUGAGGCACGAUGGCAACAUAGUCUUCUCUCCAUUUGGCAUGUCCUUGGCCAUGACAGGCUUGAUGCUGGGGGCCACAGGGCUGACCGAAACCCAGAUCAAGAGAGGGCUCCACUUGCAGGCCCCGAAUCCCACCAAGCCCGGGCUCCUGCCUUCCCUCUUUAAGGGACUCAGAGAGACCCUCUCCCGCAACCUGGAACUGGGCCUCACACAGGGGAGUUUUGCCUUCAUCCACAAGGAUUUUGAUGUCAAAGAGACUUUCCUCAAUUUAUCCAAGAGGUAUUUUGAUACAGAGUGUGUGCCUAUGAAUUUUCGCAAUGCCUCACAGGCCAAAAGGCUCAUGAAUCAUUACAUUAACAAAGAGACUCGGGGGAAAAUUCCCAAACUGUUUGAUGAGAUUAAUCCUGAAACCAAAUUAAUUCUUGUGGAUUACAUCUUGUUCAAAGGGAAAUGGCUGACCCCAUUUGACCCUGUCUUCACCGAAGUCGACACUUUCCACCAGGACAAAUACAAGACCAUUAAGGUGCCCAUGAUGUAUGGUGCAGGCAAGUUUGCCUCCACCUUUGACAAGAAUUUUUGUUGUCAUGUCCUCAAACUGCCCUACCAAGGAAAUGUCACCAUGCUGGUGGUCCUCAUGGAGAAAAUGGGUGACCAACUCGCCCUUGAAGACUACCUGACCACAGACUUGGUAGAGACAUGGCUCAGAAACAUGAAAACCAGAAACAUGGAAGUUUUCUUUCCGAAGUUCAAGCUAGAUCAGAAGUAUGAGAUGCAUGAGCUGCUUAGGCAGAUGGGAAUCAGAAGAAUCUCACCCUUUGCUGACCUUAGUGAACUCUCAGCUACUGGAAGAAAUCUCCAAGUAUCCAGGGUUUUACAAAGAACAGUGAUUGAAGUUGAUGAAAGGGGCACUGAGGCAGUGGCAGCAAUCUUGUCAGAAAUUAUUGCUUAUUCCAUGCCUCCUGUCAUCAAAGUGGACCGGCCAUUUCAUUUCAUGAUCUAUGAAGAAACCUCUGGAAUGCUUCUGUUUCUGGGCAGGGUGGUGAAUCCGACUCUCCUAUAAUUCAGGACAUGCAUAAGCACUUCGUGCUGCAGUAGAUGCUGAAUCUGAGGUAUCAAACACACACAGGAUACCAGCAAUGGAUGGCAGGGGAGUGUUCCUUUUGUUCUUAACUAGUUUAGGGUGUUCUCAAAUAAAUACAGUAGUCCCCACUUAACUGAGGGGGAUACAUUCAAAGACCCCAGCUGAUGCCUGAAACAGUGGACAGUGCUGAACCUUAUAUAUAUUUUUUCCUACACAUACAUACCUAUGAUAAAGUUUAAUUUAUAAAUUAGGCACAGUAAGAGAUUAACAACAAUAAUAACAACAUUAAGUAAAAUGAGUUACUUGAACGCAAGCACUGCAAUGCCAUAACAGUCAAACUGAUUAUAGAGAAGGCUGCUAAGUGACUCAUGAGCGAGGAGCAUAGACAGUGUGGGGACAUUGGGCAAGGGAAGAAUUCACAUCCUGGGUGGGACAGAGCAGGAUGAUGCAAGAUUCCAUCCCACUACUCAGAAUGGCAUGCUGCUUACAACUUUUAGAUUGUUUAUUUCUGGAAUUUUUCAUUUAAUGUUUUUGGACCAUGGUUGACCAUAGUUAACUGAGACUGCAGAAAGCAAAACCAUGGAUAAGGGAGGACUACUACAAAAGCAUUAAAUUGAUACACAUUUUUAAAGAUGUUUGUGCAAUCUGUCUGGUAUUUUAAGCUAGUUUCUAAGAACCUUAGUUAUUUGGCUAAAGACUAGCUGGGUAGAAUAUCUUUUCUCUGUUGCUCACAUAUUUGGAUUUUUAAAAAGCUGUAGAUGAGAACACUACGUCAAGAUAAAGCCUUUGGGAGGAAGACAUGUACACAUUCUCCUUGAGUCAUGUGCUUCUCUCUCUUUCCUUCUCUCUGGUGCAAAAUAAGUGUUUUAGUUUAAUCUAUUAUGGAAUCAUUUCUUGCUGACUGACAUCAGAAGAAAAUAGCUCUAACCAGUCCUGAUCACAGCAUCUGCUUCCACGGUGCAUCAAAUCGCUUGGCAGAGGCAUUGGCUGAACCACAGAUCAUCUAGUUCAAUCCUUCAUUUUACAAAGGAAAGAAGGACCCAGAAACAGGUCCACAUUCUUACUUUCAUGGGCCCUAGGCACGUUUAACCUCAUAGAUCCCUCCUUCCUUCAUGAAGAUAUAUAUGUUUUAUGGCUGCAUUGGUAGAAAGAUGAAUAUAUUCGUCUUUCAAAGUUGCAUAUCUAGCUUCAAAGUUAUAUGUCUAGCAUAUGGCAAUAAGCAAAACACCUUCAUGGGCCCUUACAGUACUGUCGGCCUUGGGCACUAUGUCUUCUGCAUCUAGUGAAUAAGUCAUACCUUAUAUACCAGUGGGAACAAAACACUUGUCCAAGGUCUUCCAGUGUGGCAAUGGCAGAGUCAGAGGCCUACCUUUCCUGAGUCUAGUCCUCAAGCCCUUUUUACUCUUCCUUCCAUCUAAAACAUCUGAUGGGGACCAGGUAAACAGCAUGCACUACAGCUACCCAUGGGGGUUAAACAGAAUAUAAACACGAACUUUGUCCCAGGGUGAAAAGGAAAAUCGUAAAUAUCCCUGAUCUUCCUUAGGCAGUCAUUUUCUGUCACAGAAACAGAAAAGACUAUAUUCAGAGAAUCCUGAAUAGAGCUAAUUUACAGUGUCAACUAUGUUAACUAAAUGCCUAAUUGGAUUUCUGUCUGUCUGCUAUCUAAUGUUUAAAAAAACCUAAAAUUCAUUUAUUGAUUAGUUGUUUAAUAUAAUUCAGAGUAAUGUGAAUAGGUAAUAAUAUUAAUAUGCAGUCUAAAUACUGACUUUUCAUCAUUCCAUAACCUGGACUGAUGAAAAGUCAGUAUUUAGACUGCAUAUUAAUAAAAUAAAAUUCAUUCCUGUAUUCAUUCCAAGAGUACUAAUUGACACUUAUGAAGGGACAGGCAAUUCUAGGCCCUAGAGGGCCAAAGACAGAGGAUUAACUCUAACUGACAUUCUUAAGUCACCUUGUUUGUGUUCAGUUAGUCAGAUUUGUUUGUGGAAAAAUAGUAGAAAGACGAAUGAAGUAGAAUCCAGUCAAAUUUCCCACUUUUAAGGAUGAAAUCUGGAAAAAUAAGUCUGUGAGAGCACAAUACUCAUUGAAAUCAAUAUGGCCAAACCCAGUAAUAAAAAGGUACAUUAUUAUUGAAGGAUUCAUAUAGCAUGCAGAUAAAAAACUCCUGCCUUCUUCCCACCACAUACACUGCAAAGCAACAACAGCAUAAUAAUUGUAUUUAAUAUACUACUCUUUAAGGUAGAAAAUGGACCUAUUCUAUAUUUUAAAUAUACUUUUUAAUGCUCCCCCACAUUUGCUUUAAGAAGUUCCUAAGACACUCAGUUUCAGAUUUCCCAAGUACACAGGCAUGACAGAAAAACGCAGACCAAUAAAAAAUGUAACUUACCUUACACAAAUACACACACACAAAUUCAGGGUUUCCAACUGAGCAGGGGAAAUCUUAACAUUGUACAAGUCUUCACUAUAAGUGUCGAGUUUUUGUUUUUGUUUUUGUUUUGAGAUGGAGUCUUGCUCUGUCACCCAGGCUGGAGUGCAGUGGCGCGAUCUCAGCUCACUGCAACCUCCACCUCCCGGGUUCAUGCCAUUCUCCUGCCUCAGCCUCCCGAGUAGCUGGGACUACAGGCGCCCGCCACCACGCCCGGCUAAUUUUUUGUAUUUUAAGUAGAGAUGGGGUUUCACUGUGUUAGUCAGGAUGGUCUUGAUCUCCUGACCUCGUGAUCUGCCCGCCUCAGCUUCCCAAAGUGCUGGGGUUACAGGCAUGAGCCACCAUGCCCGGCCAAAUGUCGAGUCUUAAAAAUUGUUCCUACACAGACACACUCAACCACACAUUCUCACAUAUACAUGCUGUAACAACUGAGAACAGGUUACUGACUUAAUCUAAUUCAUUUCAUCCUCAUUGUAAAACUUCUACUCUAGCUGAAGAGCCUGUUUCAUUUCAAUUCAAAGAUUUCUCAUAUAUCCAUUAAUUGUAUGGCAAAACUGACUCAUCUCCAGACUAAGAUAUUCAAGCUCAGGAAGUCAAAUAACAGAAAUGAUUUUUUAAAUGUGUAUGAGGUUAUAAAGAAAAAUCUUAUGUGCUCCUUAUUUAACUUCUAUUAAGUAAAAUCCUUUACAGACCUAUCUCCAUUUCUGCAGUAAAAGUGAGCUCUACAGUUAGCUUGUAAGGCUAACUAGUGAAAUUCUUGGACUUGCUCUUAAAAAUGCAAGUUUUAGCAAUUAACAAAAUGAUGAUGAAGAUGUCCCUUUUCCCUACAGCUACAGAUGGAGGGAGAUUUUUCUUUGCCAUACAACUAGCUUAAAGGAUUAAUUUGAUAAGUUGUUAAACUGAGAACUUUCACAAAAGUAUCCAUCUUGUUUUUGAUAUAAAUGGAGAUACAUGUAGUUAUUCGUAACUGUCACUAAUUUGCUGUUUAUCCUGUUUCUAUAUAUCUGUCCUUGAGAGUAUAAUUUUAAUAAAUAUUUCAAAGAUUUUAGGAAAUAUCAUGUUCUGUUAAAAAAACUUCCAAAAGUAAUUUUGAUGAACAGUUUGGAUAACUUAGUGCUAACUAGGACUAAGACUGCAAUUGACUGCUCUACAUUCCUGAACUUUAUAAGCAGUAGUUGUUUCUCUCUGUCAAAUCAGUUUCCCCUUUUCCCAUUUGCAUCAUGGGAAAGUAAAAGCUUAUAAUUCUGCUAAAUUUAUUAUAACAAAUAAAUUGAAAUUCUCCAUUUUAUUAAAUUAAUAUAAUGCUAUGAAUCAAAGCACCAAAAAAACUGAUGCAAUUUUGAUGUCUCGUCCUGUACCACAUUCUCCAGAUCUUAAUAUAUUCAGUUCCACAUUAUUGGUGCUAGUAGGAGACAUAAUGAAAACAGUUAAAUGAAAUCCACAGCGAGUAUACUGAUUAACCAGUACUGUCAAAUUUCUCAUACCUACUGAAAUUUUAACUACAGACGAAAUGAGCAGUAACAAUUCCAUUUACCUGGUUGUCCUUUGGGCAAAGGAUAUUAUUAAGAAUCACUAAAAAUAGCCAAAAAGAAGCCAUAUGGAAGGAAGAAGGAAAACAAAUGGCAUGAAAAGAUCUCUCACUGAGUAACUAUGCUCUUAUAGUUGACACUGGUAUAUUUCUUUUAUUCACUACCUAAAAAUGAACUAUCUUACUCUUUAAUUAUAGAAUAAAAACUGCAGGAAAGUAUUUAAAACUUUUUUUCACAAACACAGGUAUCUCAUUAACCUAUGUUUUAUUUUGAGUAAAUUCAUUAUUCAUUAUUUCACAUUAUAAAAAGUAACCACACACACAUAUGCAUUCACAAAUUAGAUCAUCUUUAUCAUACAUCGAUAUAUUUUAAAAAACAAAUAUCUUCUAAUAUCAAUAUAGUUAUAUGCUGAUUGCAUUUUGAAAUAGAGAAGCUGACAAUAGCUUCAUACAGUAUAUCUCAAGAACUGACAGUUUAAAAUUAAGAACUGUAUAUAUUCCACAGGCAAAUUUUGAUGGAAAUAUUAGCAUUAGUACAAAUAAAUGCUGUUGACAUAGCUUAAGCAUGAUAGCUUGGAAUAACAGCUGAUUCAGACUAGAUUCAUCAUUUUAAAUUAAAUAAGGACAAGUACAAUCUAAAAUAUAAACAAAGUAUUUAUAAAAUAAAUUCUCUAGGAAAUAAAGAAAUCAUCAAUCUAUUAUUUUUAAGGUAUUUAUAGCUCAAAGUUACCAGAAAUCUUUGUGGAAUUUUCAUUGCCAAAUUUAAAUUUGGGAAUGUCCGGGUACAACACAUUGUCACCACAAUCCGGAGGGCUGCCAAAAUCGCAGACGGCUAUUUGCAUCCUUUCAGUGUGACUUUUCAAGUGGGCUUGGAGAGUGAUGAGAAAAUGCAGUAUCUUUCUUACCUUCCAAGUCCCCCUCCAAGUGAUUAUCAAGCUAGGACAAUUCAGCUGAUGUAGACUUUCAUACGAUUUUUAAAUGCUAAAACUCCAGAACAAUUAAAUAGCUGGUUUCCUGCACAAAUAAAUGCAGACUUGUCUCUUUUGUAGCAGUGGUUAAAGCACAUUCCUAGAGAUGUUUUUCAUUAUACUUCACUAUAACAUUGGAAUUCUGUAACCACAUGAUUACUCAAGAAAUACAUAUUAUACCUCCUAGGGAAUCUAAUUUGAAAUAUGAAAAGUUUAACAUCAGCUGUCAUUAUGUCUCUCUUUCCGCUCAUUAACAACAAAAAAAACCCAAAA